AUGCGUUCUGUAUUGUGCCGGUCGCUCUCGGCCAUGGCCCCAGCCCGGUCUUGGGCACCAUCUGCCAUGAUUCAGCCCAUGUCGCAGCGGCUGCACUCCACAGGGUCAGGCUCACAUGGCUCACACCACAUUCAAACCCGGAUACCGUCGUUGAAAGGCGAGCCCAAGCAGGGACACCGGUUCCGCGAGUUUGACCUCGACGACCGUGUCUUCGCCAUCACUGGUGGUGGACGAGGACUCGGAUUGGCGAUGGCUGAAGCUUUGAUGGAGGCUGGUGCGAAAGUCUACUGCUUGGAUCGACUUGAGUCUCCUCACCCCGACUUCAUCGCCGCUCAAGAGCAUGCCGAGAAGAACUACGGUGGCAGCCUGGAGUACCACCGUAUUGAUGUCCGGGAUGAGUCUGAAGUGAACGACUGCUUCGCGGAAAUCGCAGGCAAGAACCGGCGACUAGAUGGCAUGAUUGCCGCCGCAGGAAUCAACCACCUGCAGAGCGCCCUGGAACACUCGCAGGUGGCUCUUAACGAAGUUAUGCAAAUCAAUUUCAAUGGAGUCUUCAACUCGGCCACUGCUGCUGCGCGGCAGAUGUUCAACUACCAACAGAAGGGUUCUAUCCUUCUCGUUGCUAGCAUGAGCGGUCUGAUUGCCAACAAGGGCAUGACUUCUCCCGUCUACAACGCCUCCAAGGCAGCUGUGAUCCAGCUGUCCCGAUCCCUUGCCAUGGAAUGGGGCCGUCACGGUAUCCGUGUGAACAGCCUGUGCCCCGGCCAUAUCAUCACCCCAAUGGUGGAACAGGUGUUCCAGCAAAACCCUGCGUCCCGAGCUGUCUGGGAAGCCGAGAAUAUGCUCGGACGUCUUGCCUACCCGGAGGAAUUCCGGGGUGCUGCUCUCUUCGCUCUGAGUGAUGCGAGCAGCUUCAUGACCGGUAGCACCAUGCUCAUCGACGGUGGCCACACUGCAUGGUAA